CGGGAGUGUGAGAGGGAGUUGUGAGACUGCUCACUUGUUUUCCUUUAUUUCUAGGUAUGGUCCCAAAAUGCCUCUCGCAGUGGACUGCACUGCCGAACUCAUUCAGUGCAAGGUGCUGGACUCAUCUGGCAGACUGAAGUCGCAUGAGCUCAUCCUCUCCUACGGGCUGGCUCUUGUAAGGUUUGUCAACUUGAUCACAGAAAGGAAACAGAAAAUGAUCAACGUUCCUCUGAGACAAUUAGCCAAAGAGGUGGAUAUCCCCAUCUGGGUUGUGGAUCUCCGUCACGAGCUGACCCAUGGGAAACUGCCGCGCCUGGCUCUGUGCCGCAAGGGUUGUGAUGUUGUGCUGGACUGGCUACGAAAGACGUAUUGGAGCCGCCAGCUGGGCAAUAAUUUGUGUGAACAAAGUGAAGAUGAGGACGAGGAAGAGGAGCAGGAAGGAGUGGAAGCAGAUGCGGAGUUGGACAGCGAUGCAUGGGAGAUUCGAACCCCACAGCACGAGGCCUGUCAGAAACACAAGGAAUUCCAUGAAAAAGUCAGAGAUGUGCUGAUAUCCUACAAGAAUGAGCAGUUUCGGGUUAUGCAGACUGUGCAGUCUGUUUCGAAGUCUCGAGAACUGUGGUCCAAUUCCUCUUCAGAAGUGGACUGGAUUUUGGCUCAGAUCAAAGACCUGAUGCAGGAGAACAGGGAGACAGUGGCUGAAGUUCUUCUCAGUGAUGGCUUUCUCAUCCCAAAGAUGGAUUGUCUGAAGAUGUUAAAUAUCAAGUACGAAGCAAACAAAGAGUUAUGGCAGUUCAGAAUUCCUCAGACGUUUUACUGCUUUUGGCAGCCUUUGCUGUCAGGCCUCCUCUCCCGAAGUUUUACGCAGAUCCUACUGGAGAAAAUGUUUACGGAGCUGAAGGAAUGUUCUGACUCUUCAGAGCUCCGGUCUCAGUUCUUGAUCAACUGGAUUUCCGAGAUGCUGACUGGCAUUGCCAAAGUAAACGCUGGGAAGAAAAGACAACACUGUAACAAGCAGGUGUCCGUGAAGGAGCUGUUCCUCCAUAAAGUUCCUUUGCAGUGGAUGAAGCUGACUGAUAUCUGCUUGGAAGCUCCCUGCUGGGCAACCCCUCACCUUCUCCAGCUGAUCCUCACAAUCAUGAGACCUCGCUUGCCACGUUCUUCGCGGAAGAACCUUCUCUAUCUGGCUUCUGUUUACACAGAAGGAGGUGGCCCUUUGUCCAGCCCAGGCCUCUCUUCAAACUGCAGUGAACAGCCAGUUUACACUAUAGAGAGCUUGCAGUGGAGGGCCAGGCAAGAAAAUCAGGUUAAAAAUCAAGGGCAGAUUGUAGAGAAACAAGAUGAUGUGCUGGAGAGAGACGACAGUGUAGAGGAGGUGGAGGAAGAGGAAGAAGAUAUGGUAACUGAAACAAAUGCUUUGGAAGGACUUGCUCAUUCUGGUAACAUGGUGGCUCUCGCUGAGAAAAGGGCAGCACUGCAAGGGUCCGCCUGGCAGAUCUCUGCAGACGAAGUACGAUGGAAGGACUUUCCUCUUGGGAAACUCCCAGGUCAGACAGAUGACCCUGAUGGUCUCAUGUUGGAUAAUUAUUCCAUGAUGUCCCUGCUCGAUCAGCCAGCGAGAGAUGACUGGAUGUCUCCCAGUACAACCUCUGCAGAACUGAACAUUCCUGUGCCGGGAGGACUGUUAUGGACUCAGAACGACUUCCAUAAAAUAAAAAGCGGCCUUCAGCUUUUCUAAGGCAGCGGAGUGCUCUGCAGCUUCCAGUACUGCACAGGAUAAGUGCCAUGGAAGAACUGGUAAUGGUGACGGGGAAAUAGCCACUCCAGGGU